AUGAAGUCUUCUGCCAUGAGCAAUAGGGUGAUGCAUUCGUUGCUCUGGGCACUUGCCACACAAACUGCCGCGACGUUGCCCUCUUCUACAUCCCGUCGCCAGUCUGGUGGUGGGGGCCAAGUUCAACAAGUAGACUAUGUGGUCGUCGGGGGAGGAACAGCAGGGUUUGUGGUGGCUGAGCAGCUAUCGCGCAACCCUGAUAUGACUGUGAUGCUGUUGGAAGCCGGCCCAGACAACGCGGAUGUCGAAAACAUAGACGUACCGCUUUUCGCACCGCGGCUGCUUUUUACUGAGCACGCCUGGAACUACACGUCCCAGCCCGAUCCAAACCUCAACGGCCGCACGCCGACACUCGACCAAGGCCGUGGCUUUGGUGGUGGUAGCGCUAUUAAUUAUCUUGGACAUUGCCGUGGCGCUGCUUCAAUCUUUGAUGAAUGGGCUGAGAUCGCAGAUGACGAUGGGUUGCGCUGGAACAACCUAGUCGAGCAUUUCAGAGCUGUUACUCACUAUAACCGAUUGCCUGACCAAACAUUCAACCCACCAGUGAACCACAGUGUGUACGGCACUGGCCCUAUAGAGCUCACAAUGCGGAACAACGACCUCGGAAUUGAGACAGCCGUCAUGAUGGCCUAUACCUCCGCACUGGACCUUCCCCUAGUCGACUUGAGUGAUGGUACCGGUAUUGGUGUUUCAACCGGUCUCGUUGGUAUACGUGCGGAGAACAGAACUAGAGUAUUUGCUCCUCAGGCUUUUGGCUGGCAAAUGGCUACUAGAUCGAAUGCUCAGCAACUGCAUCAUGCUUGGGUAACUAGGGUCAACUUUGACGGUACUCGUGCAACCGGUGUGACUUAUGUGAAUCCCGACGAUCCUUCAGAAGAAACCACAAUUCAGGCCAGGGAAGUGAUACUCUCAGGUGGUGCCAUAAACAGCCCAAAGCUUCUCAUGCUCUCCGGUGUGGGGCCAGCCGACCAUCUUCGAAACCUGAGCAUUAAUGUGGUGGCCGACAUUCCAGAAAUUGGGAGGAACUUAUUUGACCACCACAAUUCCUUCAUUGAGUACGAAGUUGUCGAUGAUGUGCAGACGCUGUACCAGUACGACAACAACAAUACUAUGGCUGCCCAGGCCAAUGCAGACUAUACACAGCCGGCCUCUCCAGGAGUUUUGGGGUCACCCAACGGAGUUUCAUUUGCUGUGUACCGUGCUCCCGACUCAGUGUUCGACAACGUCAAUAGCACCUUUCACAAAGACCUUCCCAAGGACCGGGGACAGCUUUUGAUCCAGUGCGCUACACUUCCUUUGAGCGGAAAUUCCACGGGAAAUGUUGUCUCAGGUUUCGUUGGUCUCGUACAACCUGAAGCAAACGGAGAGAUGCAUCUAGCCUCCAAUGACUUCCGCGAUGAUCCGAUCAUCAACUCUAACUACUGGGGUUCGGCAAGUGACAAAGCGGCCAUGCUUCAUGGAUAUAAGAGGCUUCGCGAUGUCUGGGCAGACAAAUCGCUCAGCAAACUCGUUGUUCGCGAGGUGUAUCCAGGCCCGGACGUCGUAUCAGAUGAAGACCUAUGGCGCGCUAUCCAGAAUUCAGCGACCACAUUUCAUCACCCUGUUGGCACAAUUUCACUUGGUCGCGUCUUGGAGGGCGGAUCUUUUCGGAUCCGAGGGCUUGACGGCAUCCGUGUCAUAGAUUCAUCUGCUAUGCCAUAUGCCACUGGGUGCCACCCAAUGGCGUCCGUGUACGCCUUUGCGCAUUAUGAGGCGUAUGCAAUGCUUCCAAACUGCACCCGACAUUUCAUCCUCAUCCAGCCAAGAGCCGGAUCAUUUGAAGAGAUGGAGGCGCAAAAUCAGCUCGAGAGUCUUCUUCUGUUGUCGGACUCCGACCCUACCAACAAUUUGAGCAAUCUGUUACCUACUUCCCCACCUUCCAGACUGUUCAUAACGCCAUUUCAAUUGUGGGAGGCUAUGAGAAUGCUCGAUCAACGGCAGCGCACUGGACUACGCGGCGGUCUCCAGGCCAGCGGGACUGGACUUGGCAAGAAUUUUCUGGUCAUAAUCGUCUGUAUACUACGUUCUCGCAUUUUUGAAUCUGAACGUCAGGUGAAGCAGUUCUGGGAAAAGACCAAGCCGAGUCCCAAGAAAUCACCAAAUACGAAUGCUCAUUUACCCCAGUCUGCCAGGGGCGACAAUCUGUGUUGUCCUUCGCAAAAGGAUUCCGACAUAGUCUGCUUCUGUGUUCCUACAUCAAAGGCCAGGAAUCUAGUAGACUCGGGAGUCAUUCCACGCGGAAUAUCCCUAAUUCAAGCACCUCUUCAACUCAUAGGGCAGUAUAUCCAGAUUUUUGAAAACGCAGCCCUCAACACUUCGGCCUACAACCUCUGUAUUGUCCAUUCUGAGGUACCAGCCCGACUGAAACGCGAUUUUGGUGCAAUGGUAAGAUCACUAGCCCAGCCAUCCACAAGGGACUCUCCGGCCCCGGAAACAUUCAUUGUUGUAUCUUCUCACGGAAACCCCACCGUCUUCGAGAAAUUUGCAAACGCGUCCGUAAACGUCGGAGUAAUGUUCUCAGAUGAAUGCCAUUUGGCCAUGAAAUUAGAAUCUCGAUCAAUGGCUAUUGCUGUGGCACAAUCGAAGGUAGGUAGAGGAGGCAUGGAUCUCUGGCUGGUUAGCGCCACUCCAAUCCGCUUUUUGAUCGACUGGGAAUUGCCAAUCAGUUUGAUCGCAAACUCUAUCGACUUGUCACGAGCCGCGUCUGUGAUGGACGUUGUCACAGCACACGCGGCCGCAAAGUCUUCGGACGACAACAUGCGAAGAUUCCUCGCUCUUUGGUCCAAAGUCUUCGACAAGGAUCUCGUUCUUCGUAAUGUCGUGACAUCCCAAUUUUGUGGCAAGUCAAUCACAGAUCUGCAGACUAUACUGCCAAACACAGUAUGGCUUAAAACACCAGAUCAGCAUCAUGAAGACGUUCAAGCAGUGGCGCACCAGGCCAGAGAGGUAAUUCGUACAAAAGCACUCGCAGCCCAGGAGGAUGAAGCACCAUUUCAGCCGGAUUAUGCUUCUGGUAUUGAUCCCAGACUGUAUUUUGUGUCUUUAUUCCCGGGGGCAGCUGCUCUCAUCCGCAAUGGUCUGCUCAGCGUGGAUGAGAAGAACAUCACGGAUAGCAUAUCGGCCAUCAAGGACUCUAACAAGUUGAAGGUCGAGAAGAGCGCACACUUUCCGCAAUAUCUAGAUGAGAUUGCCCGCAACUCUCCGAAAUUGGACUUCGUGUUGGAGGAGAUUGAGCGCAUGCAAAGGGACAAGGACGUACGCGCAGCAGAUCCCGAGCUCCCAGCCAACAGCCAUGGGGAGAAUCUUGCCCUCAAAAAGAUGGUCAUAAUCACGCCUACACUUGGCACCGCGGUUUUCCUGUACUUGAUCCUCCUCAAACGUGUACCAGACUUGGCCCCUGCGUUGCUUCAUUCCCGGGCUCGCGCUUCUGAUCGCGAGGCAGCCCUGAACAGCUUCACUUCGCUUACAGCUCGGAAGACGGCCAGACAUUCGUACAUUCUCAUCACUUCAUUCUCGGGGGGAGGAACUGGUCUGAACCUGCAAUCAGCUAACUAUCAGAUCCUCAUGAGUCCUCUGAGCAGUCGAGACCAUGAAGUCCAAGCCUUUGCACGAACAAACAGAACUGGGCAACGGCUAGCGCUGCAUCAUAGCAGACUUAUCUCCGUGGAUAGUGCUGCCGACAGGAUCAAUGUUGUGAGUUUCGCUGGUCGCUCUAUUAAAAAUGACCCAUUUGAGAUGGGCCGAAGGCUUGUGUUGUCAGAGUCAGAUGGUUUCAAAAGGGUCCAGCGGCUGGAAGAUUGGGGUUACCAAGUCGAUGACACGGAAAUCGAUUCGCUUCCAUACAUGGUAGAGAACCUAUACUCCUCGGGGUUUUACUUUGGCUCGAAUACAACGGCCCGCGACGUUCUCUGUAUCAAUGAGGCUUGGAAUGCGCGCAGAGACUCACGUGCCAGACAUGAAAACUUGCCUCUGCGAGAUAUAUUGCUCGGUCUUUGGGUGUUCAACCUCAACCGAUCGGCGCAUGAUCUCAAGCACUUGGUGUAUUUCACUGUGAUAGAAGCGUCUCUCAACCACACACUCCGGCCUCAUGUGUAUCGUUUGCUUGGCGAAGACAUGAGGAACCAACUGGUCAUUCACAGGGAAAGCGAAUCGCCCCAAGAAGCAGAGGCAUUUUCAUUGCUCAUCGAGGAAGCGCCCUUUUGCGCAGGCGCUGAAAAGAUGUUGCAGGAGUAUUCUGAAUUUACAGAUGUACACAUUGCGUCUUUCGACUUUCUACCUGUCAUAUUGGAGGGCAUGGAUGACGACGAGCCAUUUUUUGAUUUCAGGAUCAAUUUUGAAUAG